UUCUGUGACCAUCUUUAAAGGAAGUUUCCUGGGACCUAGAGAGAAAGAAAGAAGCCCAAAGAAGGAAAAUAAAGGGCUAUGAUUUCCUUGUCCUGUUGCUUUGUCUCUGGCUCCCUCUGCCUCUGGAAGAGUAGCCACAGGACACAAAGAUGCCCAGCUGGUCACUGCACGCCCAAGUUCAGAUUAGCUGGUGCUUCUCUCCUGUUUAGCCCGACUGCUUUCUCUGAAGGGGAGGACUCGCAGCCCAACAGCCUUUCAGUUUAACCUGAAGAGUGUGUGCCGCCUCUCUCCCAAGAGCUCUCUGGAGGUGGAAGAGAGGGGAGAAAGAGGAGGACUUGAAAGUGCCCGAGGAGCUCCCGAUGCUAAGAGGAGACAAACAUUCCCGUGGACGACGCAGAAAGGACAAAGCUGACUGAUUUAUUGCUGUUCUCCGUAAUUUUUUUUCUCCCUAUUCUUCGGCGCACACCAGUGUUUGGAGAUCUUUGAAAACACAAAACAAAACACCCCGAAGCCCCAACCCCUUGGCUAGCUCUUAUGGGAAUGAAACACUCCUCCCGCUGUCUGCUCCUGAGGAGGAAAAUGGCGGAGAACGCUGCCGACAGCACCGAGGUUUGCCCCAUCCCAUCCCAGCCUCCUCAGCCUACUGUUGUUCCAAAGCCAGUUCAAUCUGUCAUACAUGUCCCAUUGCAACCAAGCUGCCCGGGCAGAGGAAAGAUGGCAAAGCUCAUCAAUCCAGAAGAGAUGACAUCCAGGGAUUAUUACUUUGAUUCUUAUGCUCACUUUGGAAUUCAUGAGGAAAUGUUAAAGGAUGAAGUGCGCACAUUAACCUAUAGAAACUCAAUGUAUCACAAUAAACAUGUUUUUAAAGAUAAGAUUGUCCUUGAUGUUGGAAGUGGCACAGGAAUCCUCUCUAUGUUUGCUGCAAAGGCAGGAGCCAAGAAGGUAUAUGGGAUUGAAUGCUCAAGUAUAUCUGACUACUCGGAAAAAAUUAUCAAGGCCAACCACUUGGACAACAUAAUCACAAUAUUUAAAGGUAAAGUGGAAGAAGUUGAAUUACCCGUGGAUAAAGUAGACAUCAUCAUCAGCGAGUGGAUGGGUUACUGUCUAUUCUAUGAGUCAAUGUUAAACACAGUCAUCUUCGCACGAGACAAGUGGCUGAAACCUGGAGGGCUAAUGUUUCCAGACCGAGCUGCUUUGUACGUGGUAGCAAUUGAAGACAGACAGUACAAGGACUUCAAAAUUCAUUGGUGGGAGAAUGUGUACGGCUUUGACAUGACCUGUAUUAGGGAUGUUGCCAUGAAGGAGCCUUUGGUGGACAUAGUAGAUCCAAAGCAAGUGGUGACCAAUGCCUGUUUAAUAAAGGAAGUAGAUAUUUAUACAGUGAAAACUGAAGAAUUGGCAUUUACUUCUGCAUUCUGCCUCCAAAUUCAGCGUAAUGAUUACAUUCAUGCCUUGGUCACCUAUUUUAAUAUCGAAUUUACAAAGUGCCACAAGAAGAUGGGAUUUUCUACAGCACCUGAUGCUCCCUAUACUCACUGGAAGCAAACUGUCUUCUACUUAGAGGACUAUUUAACUGUGAGACGAGGAGAAGAAAUCUAUGGGACUAUAUCCAUGAAACCAAAUGCAAAAAAUGUGCGUGACCUGGAUUUCACAGUAGACUUGGAUUUUAAAGGACAGCUGUGUGAAAUGUCAGUAUCUAAUGACUACAAAAUGCGCUAGCAAGAAACCUUUCAGAGAGAUGAAGAGGAGAAUUUUAUCAAGUCCUGAACUGCUGAACUUCAAGCCAGGAACAACUGUUCACAAGAUUAUUAUAUUAAAUACUAGAAUGUUUACUGUGAUGGAAAGUGGUAACCUGAUCCUUCUUGCAGAUAGUACAGGGGGCUGGGACCCCGCUGUGAAUGUACAGUAUACAGAACUAUAGCUUUUUUCAAACAUAUAGGAAAAAUAAGCAACAGUCUUGAGUGUUCUGGUUAACUUUAGGAUGGCAGAAGAUGCAUAUACGAAUUGUACUACUUAUGUGAAUUUCUGGUUCUUCCAAGCUUUGCAUGUUAAAGAUGAUUAGGGCAGUUUUCUCACUAUGAAAGACCACUACAGCACAUUACUGUGAUAGUAUUACUGGACUUAUAUUCAAUAUAAAUGAAUAUAUAUAGUACAUGAGAAAAAAUAUCAUUUCAUAAUAGGAAUUUGUUUUG